AUGGAGGGGUAUGUGAUGACACCUGGAGACAUGGAGAGGGGCCUUGAAAAUAGCCUUGUGGACAGUGGCCCUGUGUACAAGACAACGGUGACAGCUGUUGCUGAGAGAAAGGCCUCCAGAGGUUGGUUAUGGAGGCUGUGUGGGGAUCCUCUUAGUAGUGGCUUUAUGUGCGGCAGCAGCCCUGCUCUUUGCGUGGGGUCAGCAUGGAAGACUGGCAAUGGUAAGGAACUCUAAUGGGGACGAUAUUUAACACAUUUCUGAAAUAGAGGACCGUACAAUCAACUAACAUCCUCUUGGUUUAUCUCAUAGAUGCAGGAUGAAAUGGAGCCUCGGCUGGAGAAACUCAUUGGUGCAAAAGGUGAUUAUUUGAUUGACAGAUGCCCCUUUUCAUUGAAUUUCUUCUCACUGUAAUAGCUUUAAUCAAAGGUUACGGUUGUAGGCAACAUCAUGGUUUUUGCUUGUGUUAUUCGUGACUAAUAGGUUUCUCUCCCUCAGAUACCCACCAUACGUUGAAGCAGAUUGCCGGCAAUGCAAAAGCAGCCAUCCAUUUAGAGGGUGAGUGGCCUAUAGCGUUUUGCAGCCAGCCUGGACUGUGUCUGUUGAAGGUUAAAACAUUUCUAGUGGGCUAGUAUGUCUUAGUGUCCUUCAUUGUAGAAGCUAGGGGAUUCUUUUUAAACAUCCCCAUUGACAAAGAUUAAACCACAACCCAAGGAAGCAAGGAAGUUGCUUAAUCAUUAGCUUGUCUCUUGUUGCCACCAGAGUAAAUUGACGAGAGCUUUGUAAGAAGAAAUAGCUACCAGCCGGACCCUGGGGCCUCAAAGUUGUAACAAUGGGCCUUUCUUCCCUCUACUGCCAGGUGAAUACAAUCCUAAUGUACCGUGCUGA